AUGGGACACGGCAUCGUGAAUCUUCGAGACCUCUCCUUAGAUGAUGUCCGCGAAUUGACCCGACUGCUCUCUCGCCGACCCGACUACGGUAUUGCAAGACCAUCGUGCCGAUGGUUCAGUCGUCAGGAGGAGAAGAUAAAGGGUUUACCGAAGCCCCUCCUGAAACCAAAAGGCACCAUCAGUCGUCUCGCCUUCGGCCUGGUAGCUAGGAUAGAUAAGAACAAGAAGGACAGCGACAAGCUUCUACCGCCUAGCGCUGUGUUGUGCCACAGUCAUGAACCGCUCAACCCCUUUCUCAUCCGUUAUAUCUUCUUUUCGCUAACACGGGAGGUGAGUGGUGACUACAUGAGCACUCUCCGUGGUUGGCCUGGAAAGAGUCCUGCCGUGGCAGCGUUCUUGACGCGAGUCGACUCGAUUCAUGCGUUUUGGGUCAGUAAGGAAGCCUUCGCAGCCAUUUUUGGCGCGCAACCACAUGACGAUCGCUACGUCAGAGUUCACAACAAUUGCGAAGCUUGUAUCCUCUCUGCAAUUGGCGCUAAUGGACGAAUCCUUGCAGAUCUCCAUGGCUGGCUUACAGUGCGCAGGGAAGAUUACAAGAAAUACAACAAAGAAGCUGAGGCACGGGGUAGCCGAAAGAGAAAGAGAACUGUUCCAAUUUACUACCUUGUUGAUGCAUGGAUCAAGCACCUCAGACCCGAGGAUGGAGUUGUGGUCCGUCGAAAUGCCGAGGCAGUCGCAACCGAUUUGCGUCAGAUCUGGCCGGCCAUCACGACACUCAAGUAUGACACGUUGAAGCGACAGAAAAGGGGCACGCGCCAUGAGCUCCGUACAAGCAAGAAGGGUACAGCGCAGUUGGUCGAGGCCUCUGGCCGUGCUCACGGCUUUGGUAUUCCUCUUCCUGAAGCCGACCUUGAGGCAGCUGCGUUAUCACGCAAUAUGGCUGGUCUUUACCGAAACCUAGAUACCCAGAGCGUCUACCGGGCGGACACAGUCAUCAAUGGCUCAGGUGAACAGUAUACAGAUGAAGUUAUUCAAGAAUUUCGUCGGCGAGCGCUUCGCUCACUGACAAGCGAGUCAUCCCAACGACCUCGCGUGCCGGAUCAGCAACACGUGGAUGAUGAUGAGCUCUACGAGAAGGAUGCAACCUACCAGCACGAAUUCGAUGAGCGCGACUAUGAAGCUGAGAAGGAGAGCGUUGUUAAAGUUCAACGCUUCUUUCAGUCACAGGCAAUGAGGACGACCAACACGAAUAUUGAUCAACUAGACCCAGAGAGUGUUCAUCCCGCAUUUCAAGCAGAGCGUCCCAUGACAAGUUCAUCAGCUGUCCCUAGCCCACUUCAUCUGGGCAAUGCUGGAAGAGCACCAUCGUACCAACCGGAUCGCACCAACUGGACGAACCCUCCAGCAAGUACAGCUCUAGCGAGAAUCGAGGAUACGGGGCAUGAUCCUGCUUUACAAGACAAUGAUGAUGACGCUAAAUCAGUCUGGACGGACCUAUCGGUAUAUACCACAGUAGAUGCCUUCAGCGUUGGGGUUGAUCCCGCACCGCCUAUGCCACAAAUUCCUGUGGAGUACCACGCUGACUACAACGAUGAAAACCGCACAGCAACAACGACCGCCACGCCUCCAGUGCCAAGUCUAACUCCGGACCAUGGGUCGAGUAGUCCCGACGACCUUGCCUCACCUUCGUUCCGUGGUACUAUCUCUGCUCAAGAACAUUCCUAUGGAGCGUUCAAACCAUCUAAUGCUCCACGCCCCAAUGCUAUCAAUUCUUCUACACCGCGUCCUCCACAUAUGAAGGUUCAGCGUCGAAAAUAUUUGUUCGAUGACAAUGACUCAGAUGUCGCUUCGCACUUGACACAGACAAACAAGAAAUACAUUUGGCCGCAAAAGGGCCACACGGAAGAGGUAUCUUCAAAAGCCAACCCCGUCGUUCGGCAGAACAGUAAGAGGACCGCGCACACAGCAAACAGAGUUGAUGAGCAGAUCUGUCCGGUGGACCGAAGGGGCACGCCACGAGCCGGAGCAGAUACACCACAGUUUCCACAAGGCGAGGGUCGCACAUCACAAAAUCGCGAAGUAGAUGAACGCGCCAGAUACCAGGCACUCAACUCGAUUAAUAGCGUCCCGCCUACGCCUCAUACUGUUCCACAGGAUGAUGCUAUGUCGCACAUCAGAAACGCCUCAGAGACGCCCCAGACAGAGAGCUCCGACGACAUAGGGCCCGGGGACUCGGCUUCCAACUUAGAUUGGCAAAAGAAGAGUACCAGUGAUAUGACACAGCUUGCGUUCUUUAUGCGGUCACAGGAUAGACAAUAA